UGAACAAUCUUUUCUCUCUGACAGUGGCUUCAAUUUAAUUUACUGGACAAAAGAUGAAAUAAACAUGUAAAUUCAUACCAAAGUAACACAUGCAAUUGAUAAGUCUUCCAUACAGUUUAGAUUUUGGAACACAACCAGGGGAAACUCUGUAAACUUUGGACACUAAUGCUCAACAGGAUGAAGUUGGCAAACUAACAGUGGUGGAAAUCUUAAAAUCCAGCAGUUGGUUUGUAUUUUCCUGAAUUUAACAAUGGCAUUUUGGGCACUUUUCUUUGAAUGAAUAAUGAAAUAUGGAGUAAUAUUUGGUAGCAAGUGAAACAUGAACAAAAGAAAGUGUACAGGCAGCAGUUUUCUUUGUGUUGUGGAGUCAUGGUAACACGGUGUUGGUGGAUACAAGCAGCUGUUGACAGUGAAUGAAGAUGGACGCCCAGCACCAGCAGCCAACUUUAAAUCAACUUCAGGAUCGAGUUCAAGCUCUGACACAAGAAAAUUUGCAUUUGCGUGAUAACAAUGAGCGUCUUUUUACCAAAGUGGGCUACCUAGAGAGCAGACUGGGCCACCUGGCCAGCUCUAACACAGACCUGUCCUGCAGGCUGGUCCAGAGCGAAGAGGAAAGACUGAAGAUAUCUAAGGAGCUUGUGGAAGAGAAAAUUCAGACUAACAAGAUGAGAGAGCAGUAUGAAGAAGAGACAUUUGAGCUGAAAAACAAGAUACUGAACCAGGACGGCGUGAUAACUGAGCUUCAAAUGCAGCGAGACAAGUUGCUCCAGGAACUCCAGUCGGCUGAGGCUCGUCUGAAAGUGACAGAGAAGAGUGGUCAAGACCUGACAGAGGAUUACGCCACACUGAAGAACAGCUACCUGGUUCUGACUGAGGCCCAUGAUAAAGAGCUGGCCCAGAGUGAAGAGUUGAGUGCAGAGCUGCUGGCCCUGGCUCGGAACCAGGACGCCCUCCGCAGGCAGCUGGAGGAGCAGCAGCAGAGUGUAAAGACCACCACCCAGGGCCUUCAUGGGGAGCUGGACAGGGUGCGAGCUUUAAUCAGCCGUAUGUCACAUAACAGAGUCAAGCCUGAAGAUCUAGCAGCACUGGACAAGGAGCAAAAAACUAUGGAAAAAACUCUGCUUGGAAACCAAGAUGAGAUCAAAGAGACGCUGGAGAAAAUGAAGAACAGCUACGAGGAGCAGCAGAAGAAACUGGAGGAGAAAGUGGUGGCAAUGAGUAAAGAGCAGCAGCAGAACAACAGAGCGAUGCAUGUUAGUCAGCAGAAACUGUCGGAGCAGAGUGCGGCCCUGGUGUGCUCUCAGAGCCAAAUGAAGGAGGUCGAAGAAGAGAACUCAAAGCUGCAGCUGCAGGUCAAAGAGCUGCAUGAGGAAUAUCGUGCAAGGCUGGUGUGUUAUUUACAGGAUUUAGCUGACUACAUUGAUGGACUUAAAGACAGUAAAAGCACCUCUGAACACAGUAAGAUGAGGACAUUUGUGGACAGCAUGUUGCAGGAUGUCCGUUCGUCCUACCGGGCCAGAGAGGAGCAGCUCGCCUCCGCUGCUCGCUCCUAUAAGAAGAGGCUGCAGAAGAUCACCAAAACUCAUCACGCGCUUCUUAUUGCAUACAGGGUUCAGAGGGCUCAGAUUUUGACAAGCUCAGAGACUAGUCUGGACCCUGGACCUCCAGAAGCCAACUUCAGCCUGGAGCCCACUGAGCUGAGAGAUGAAACUGAGAAGGAGCUCCAGCAGCUUCGCCAGGACAAGGCGAGGCUGGAAGGUCAGCUGCAGAUGGCUGCUUCGAAAAUGCCUGUGCAAAAUUCCAGCCGUCAGGAGCAACCGGGACAGAUAUGUGAAGAAUCCUGGCUGGACAUGAAGAAACAGCUGAGGGAAAUCACCGACUCUACGCUGGUGGACUUUGAGAGGGAGCGUGCUCUUCUGGUCACCAGGGCAACAGUUGCAGAGGCACAAGUGAUGGAGUUGCAGGAUUAUGUUGACGACCACCUGAGCAGGUAUAAACAGGAGAUCACACACCUCCACAGACUGCAUGGGAUGGAGGAGGCUGGGCACUCCCAAAGUGCUCAUUCAUCUCAUCAUUGAAAAGACUAGCAGUGAAAUCAACAAAACCGCUCAUGCAAAAGCAGUCAAAGAAUUUUCUCAAUGGAUUCGCUGCAUUUAUGUAACUAAAUAACCCAUUUGAAGGCCUUUAAACCUUCCUGCGACUACGGUAAUUCUUUUCCGCCGUCAGUAGGUGGUGCUGCUCAUGCUCGUGGUUUCCUCCAUGAAAGGCCCCCAAAGAAAUCUGGCCUUGAGAAAAAAAUGCCUGGAAUGUUUGUAAAGCUUAUGUCAAUUUCACGAGCCCGGGAGAAGAAAGCGAUGUGACAAUGAGGGGUCACCCUGGUGAGAAUAAUGUCAUUACAUGUUACCCAGACACGUACACGCCCGUGAAUACUUUCCCCUCAGUGCGGUGCUGAGAACUGCGAGGGCAAACAAACUGGGCUUUUUCCAGGAUGGAGGGUUCAUAUUUAUAACCUUAGUGAUGGCAUGAAUGGACAACUAUUCCCUUUAAAUCCCUUUAACGGUGAAAGGGAAUGCAUUUUUGUUUCCUUGCAUGCGGUGACCGGGGUUGGUGCCAUAGUUUGUAGCUGACAGAUCUUUGAUUAGAAAGUCUUUAGUUGGAAUUCGGUUGGAAAAGGGCAAAAAAGAAAGAGAAAAUAUUAAAGUUAGGGUGCUCUGGGGAAUGAUGGGAAGAGUCAUACGCAUGUCACCCCAAUUCCCUUUUCAUGGGGCAUGCCAGCCAUGGGAGGGAGAAAGGGGGGGAGAAAGGGGUGUGAAAGUUUGAGAGGAAUGGGAAGUGGGAUUUUGUUAGUAAUGUAUUACACUCCCAGGGCCCUGGGAAAAGGGGUGGGGUGGGGGUGUUCGGCUUGGGUCGGUGCCAACAUAGUCACUGUGCCAAAAAAGCUUGGUGCUGCUGCAGGGGGACCGCUCCUGUCACCGGCGGAUCUGUGGGAAAAAUCCAAAACCAGGUUGUUAUUUGCUGCUCGAUCGCCAAACACUCGGCGGCGACGCCUCUGCGCAAAUAAGACGAGUAAAUAAAAUGCGGUGGAAAUUGGAACAGUAUAAAAGCCCAGCAGUGUGGUGCAUCACAGCUGGUGCCCCGAGGCAAAGUGCCAAGUUUUUCCGCCCCAAGUUUUGGGAAAAGUUGACUUGUCGGUAUGUGGAGAGCUAUUUAUCUGCCGCUUAUGUGGCUGCUGUGCUGUUAUAUUGUAAAUACUGAACAUGACAAGUGUUAGAUUAGACUCAGCUGGAGGUUAAAUGGUGAUUUUCUACUAUGAUAGUUUAAAUAGUAAGAAAAAGGGCCACAAAAACGAGCAGCUGCUGAUAACAUCUGCAGUUACUUUAUUAUGAAACAACCAUCAGGCUGACUUCAGCGAAGUUACGAAAAGAUUGUGGUUUAUUACAAAAUGUUGGUUUGGUUAUUUAGAAAUCCUCAUCAUGGCAAUGAGUCCCUAUUGACUUUUCUUAACCAAAAUGGGGCUAAGAUAUGCUCCUGUGUCACUUAUUGCGGAUCAGUUUGUGUGAAGCGAUAACUGAGCGAUAAGAUGUUAAAUGUCCAUGUGGUGGAUGUCAGCUCAAAGUAAGUGUUAAAUGUUACAGCUCUUCGUGUAAUUGGUGUAAUUUAACGCCAUUUGUAAUCUGUCUUCUCAAUCCAACCUAUUCGCAUUUAAAUGCUCUGUUUAUUCAUAAUGAGUUUAUCAUUUUACUAAUUUGCAUUUUUUAUAUUUUCAUCGUUAUUCUUAUCCAAGUGUCAUUUGUCUGCCAAAAUCUUUGCUUCAGUUUCUUAGUCAGCGAUAUAGUAAAUGAGGCCUCCGUAUCCCAGUGCAUUUUGAGUUUAAAUUAAGAAUGAGCUAAUACUUUUCUGAAAUAGCUUCACCUGAUCUAAUCACAUAAAAAGUGUCAGACAAGUUCUGUAAUGCAGUCGCAACAUUUUAGAUUUUAACCUCAGAAAUAAGAAUCAAAUAAAUGUCACAUCAAAGCUAAACAUUUUAAGCUAUACAAAGAUGUGAUUUAUUUCAGAUGUAUUGCAAAGCAUCCUGUAAUCUCGUUUCUUCUUCAUACAUUUCAUAAUUGUCAUUGAGUAGUUUACAUAUUCAUGCUCUCAUUCCAGGCUGAUAUCUCAGCAAAAAAAAAAAAAAUGCUUCAGUUUCUUUUUUGGGUUCUUCUUUUACAUUGUCAAAAAAAUCUCUGAUGCAUUUUUGUCAUUUGAAAUAGAAUAACUAUAGGUUUGUUUUCCCCAGUUUAUUUGGACAUUAAAGCUACUUAUAAUACAUUACAGUGUUGUACUUGUCUCAGUCCAACAACACAUUUCUGAGCAUGUUUACUCACUUAGACUGCUUAGCUAUGAUGAAACAAUACUGCAUGAUAUAUCAAAACUGUUCAAAAUACCACCAACACGUUAGUAUUUUUGUCACCAGCAUAAGGUUAAAUCAAACUCGCAUACAUUUUUUCAGUGGUGUAACUUAUAGUUGAACUAUGUGGGGGGAAAAAAGAGAAAAAAAUCCAAUCGCUGUUAUUUCAACAGAUAUAAUAUUGUUAAAAGUGGCAAUUUAGUGGGAAUAUGAGUGUUUGCAUUGUUUUCCACCCUGAAAAAAUAUUAAAAUGAUGAUGUGGUGUUUCCUGCUCUACAUACUACCCAGACAUGGUCUCUUACAUCGGGAGAAAAUGAUUUAUUGUGUGGGGCAUUUGUGUUGCACCACAAUACCUCACUGCUAAAAUGAUUCACACAUUUUAACAAAAAAUUGAUCCAAAAAAUACAGCUUUUGCCAUUUGGAUCUUGCA